ACGUUCCAAUUCCAACAUGGCGGCCGCGAGUUUGAAAAUCUGAACGGGUGGCAGAGAUAACAUACGCGGUAACAACCCCCUUUUUACGCUCUAUUCCUCAAUUUCCGCAUCGACACCGUAGUUCUACUACUUACUGCAGGAUAUGGUCAAAACAGAAGACACGCCCGACAUGGCGGACGGCUGGAGAGAAGUGUUCGAGAGAAGCCGGGUGCUUCCUCCGCCCAGCCAGACGGUCCGCCUGGCUUUGGACAACCACUUCACCCAGUCCCUCGGCUCCCAGCUCACCCUCAGCCGGCUCACCGCGGCUCACCUCCCGCAGGCCCAGGAGACGACAGGUGGGGGACAAGAGGUGACCUACCAGCUGCGAGUGACCCUUUUUGAUAGAAGCCAUCAGCACUUCUUUGGGAACACGUGGAAGAGUCCCUCCCUGAGGAUGAAAAACAAAAAGAUCCCCGUCAACGAGGUCCUGUAUUUCCACACGUCUCUGCGGUUGCCCAGCACAGUCGUGGUCCUGGAGCUGGUGUCGUUGUCACCCAGGCCAGAUGGCUCCCAGCAGGCCCUGGGGCGAGGCUUCGCUGUCCUGGAACUUUUUACCAACAGGCCAGAGGCUCAGGCUGCUGAUGGGGACAGAAGGCUGAAUCUACACCAUGGAUCACCACGGAGUCUCCUCCAUCCCCUCGUGAAGGCCACAGAUGACUACAGCAGUCUCCUGACAACAAUUGAUGGAGCACAUUUGGACUGUGCUGUAAAAAACCACCAGGCGUUGGUGUCCGUGAUGCACCUCCUGCCGGAGAAUGUCCUUAUAUCCGGAAAGGAGAAAAUUCCCGGGCUUGCAGCUUCUCCAACAGGAGACUCUUUACUGAGGCCUCAGCCGCUGAAGAUGCUGCCCUUCACCCUGCACAGACUGACCAUCUCCCUCCAGCCGUCCCUGGAGAAGUUUGAGAGCCAGCUGCUGCAGCUGAUCAAUGACGACUGCCGCAACACAAAACAACCAGGAUCGGAGGCUGCUCUGAGAACAGUCGUCAUCCAGGAAAGGAGGCUUCUUGUCGGCGUCCACAACGGCUGGUGUUUCCUCGACAAGCCUCAAGUGGUGGUGCUGGAGGCCGCAGCGGCAGGGUCCAGAGGUCGAGCCGACAGCACCUCCAAACAGAGCGCCCCGGUGAAGGACAGAUCAGCACUCUCCACCCUCCCUCACACGCUGGGCCUCCGCGGCAGCUUGGAGCUCAAGCUGACCAAUCAUCACGCUUUGGCAAUUGUCUUCCAGCUGGAGUGGGUCUUCUCCGCUCCGAUGGGCCGAGAGACGAUGCUGUCUGCCGCCUCCACGUCCCGAGCGGCCUUCUUGCAGUGCCUCCGUUGGGGCGCUUGGUGUCCCUUCCGGGAGUCGGCUGACUGGAAGGGGGAAGAAAUCCAGCUUGUCCUACAGGGUGGUGCAAGGCCGAACCCCCACGCAGUCAUGGUCUACAGAACAGAGAUGUCUGCCAAAGCCCAGAGCCCUGCGCCCCUCUCUGCUCCCGGCUCAGCUCAGGCGAAGGACACCAUAACGUUUCGUCUCUCGUCGGCUCCGGAAAGGAAGGCAUCGAGCCCAAAGGCAUCUCUGAGGACGAAGCGGGAGGAUGAGUCACGUCGCAGAAGGUCACCAUCAUCGCCUUCACAGGGCCAAAAAAACAUCCAACCAACUUCUCCCCCAGAAUCACCUCAAGGCCCCGGGCUCUCGCUGUCUCAGCUGGCAGCUACUUCCCGCUACCCGACCAUCAGCCACUCAAGCUCGGCGUUGCCGUGGCAACAGUCGUUUCCUUCUCUGCUCCAUCCUUCCCCGUUGGCAUCGGCCCACCAGCUGUCACAUGUCGCCUGCUCUGGUGUCGGCAACAUUGCCCACCUGGAGAUGGACCUCCACAGGGAAGGCGAUGGGCCACUUUCAGCUCAGGACGAAGGAGACCAACUUCAGGAGCUGCCCUUCACUCCCGUCCAUGCCCCUGUCAUCACACUGGGGGUGAGCAUGCCCAGUUCCAGCUCAGUCGGCUCCAGAAGUUCACUGGCCCACCUCUACUCGGCGGGCUUCCCCGACAUCGUGGACUCUGCUGGGCAGGCGGCAGAAGUCCUGGACCCGACAGAGCCGGUGCCCUUUGACCCUCAGCGCGAAGAGUCGGACCCUCUUCAGGGAAACCUGCUGGUCUUUCAGUUUUUGGCGUUUAACAGAAUACCAACGGCAGGUGUUGCUGCCAAUUGGCCUGAAAACAUCCACUUCACCUUCCAGUUCUAUCGCUUUCCACCAGUCACAUCCCAGCAGCUCAAACUACUGACCAGUGACAAGGUCCAACAACAAGCUGCUGGUCCACUUCCCUGUGUCCUGGCCUCCAUCAACAAAGACGGCACUUUCAACUCUGCCUCCCCGGGCCUGCAGGUGCAGUUCAGAGUAGACUCCCUGAAGCCCGGAGAGAGGCGCUGGUUCCUGCGCUACCUGGCCCUCCACACCAUGCACAUCGACGUCUGGGACAGCGACUCGUUGCUCCUCAUAGGUUCUACUGCCGUCGAGCUCAAGUACAUGUUGCGUCAAGGUAAAUCAGCGGUGCAGGCCCUUCACGAGGUGGAGGUGCUGACCACUGAUUACUUGGGAGACGACACCCUGCUGACCAGCACAGAUGUGGGCCUACGUCCUGCUCGCACGCCCAUGUCGGUGCACACCAUCAUCCGGGGCCGGCUGCACAUACGCACAGGCAACAUAGGGUGCCCAGUAGAUCCUAGCAGCAGGAGGGCCACAGACGUGAUGGCAUCUCAUCUUAACAUCAUAACUCCUCGCGGAGGGAGUGUUGGAUUCAGAGGAGGAAGCCUGUCCUCCAGAAACACCCUCCAACUCAAUGGGAGGAACGCCGCACAGGCACCCGGACCGGAGAUGGAGGCGCAGCCCAACCUAAACGGGCCCGACGGCCGGCGCCGCAAGCUCGACUGCAUGGCCGCAGUGCGUCGGCGGGAGGGCACGGACGAACCGAAGGUCACGGAUCGGACUACGGAAGCCCGGUUUGCCAGAGAACCUCAUCAGAUCAAACCCAGCGGGAAGCACAGCGAGGCGGAGGCAAUCGGCAACAUGCUGAGCCGGUCCAUAACCACCCAGCACCUGCUCUACGCCGGCCUGGGCGCCGCUGAGUACAUGGAGUUUGUCCUUAAAAAUCCCUUCAACGUCCCUCAGACGGUCACCAUUCACAGUGACGACCCGGAGCUAAGCGUCAUCACGACUACGGAGGAGUGGGCUUACUUCAAAGCGCUAACCGAAACCCCAACCCCGCUGGAGGAGAACAUGUUUCACUUGGAGGAAGGUGCCCCAGGUCCCAAGGUUUACCUGCGGCCCAGAGAGAGCAUCCACAUCCCCCUGAAAUACCAGAGUUUCCUCUGCGACCACACCGUGGCCCUUCAGGGGCCCAGCUUUCAACCGACACACAAAGGUUCCCAGGUGGCCAAGAGAAAUCUGUCCAACAUUGUUGCUGCCAAGACCAUUAAGGUGACGUUCAGCGCGGAAGACGGCAAGCCGAUGGCCAUCUGCCAGCUGAACGUGGAGCCGACGCCUCACGUUGUUGACCAGACGUUCCGGCUCUACCAUCCCGAGCUCAGCUUCCUCAAAAAAGCCAUCCGCCUGCCGCCCUGGAACAACCCCGAAGUUGGAGACCCAGAUGUCAGGACUCACAUUUCCGUACGCUGCAGUGACCCGAACGUCAUCUGCCAGACAAGGAUGCUUGCGCCAGGGGAGCCUCAGGACGUGUACUUGAAGGUGCCGGGGAGUCCGAGUCCACACAUAAAAAUGUUCUUUGUUAUGGUUUUCACGGAUAGGUGGAUGGCAGCACCCUCCCAGAUCUGGCAGAUUUACGUGCAUUUCCUGGAGCGGGUGGAUGUCAGCUGUGUGACUGGCCAGCGCAGCUGUCAAUCCCUGGUGCUGAGGGGGAAGCAGGCUGUUCGCAAGGUCAAAUGUUUCUCAUCACACCCCCAGGAGAUCCAGGUGGACCCAGCAGGUGUGUUCCUUCUGCCUCCCGCGGCGCUUCAGGAGCUUCAGUUGAAGUUGCAACCGUGGCGGGCUGGAAGCCGCUUCUUGUACGUGAACGCCGUUGAUGUGGAACAGCGGCGGCUGGUCACUGCCUGGCUGCUCUGUCUCAACGUCCACCGGCCUGUACUGUCCAAGGCAUUUGAAGUGUGUGUCCCAGUCUGUGGGGGCCGCGGAAGCUCCAGGAAGAUCACCUACACCAACCCAUACAGCAGCAGCCGGGCCUUCCUGCUGCGCUCGGACCAUCCAGACCUGCUCCAGUUCAAAGAGGAGAAAUUCCAGAUCAGCGGGGGAGAGACUUACACCAUCGGCCUGCGGUUCGCCCCCAGCCAGAGUGCCGGCUCGGUGGAGAUUCUGGUCUACGUGAACAACCUGGAGGAGAAGACGGAGGAGACGUUCUGUGUGAAAGUCAACUACUCGUGAUGAUGAGAACAAACUGCUCCGCAGAAAUGUUGCCCCGUUUUGUAGCUGUUGUCGCAAUUUUGUAUUUAACACAAGAAUAAACUUUUUUCAUCACGG